UUGCAUUAGAAAACUAGAACAUCCCAAACAAGCGAACUAGCCAGAUACCGGGCCAUCGUCUGCCCUAAUUCCGUAAUAAACCCUAGGUCAUUGGGUUUUACCAGCCGUGAAGGCAAGAAUUACGAGAAGAAAAGAUAAAGAAAAUUAUCUAUUUCAGGUAUAUCUCGCAUUCGAUUCCCAAUUUUUGUUCGCCCAUCUAUUCUACCACCCAAUUUCUUUAGACAUGGUCUUCAAGUGACCACGUUCUCGCAUCAAAUCAUGCCACCGUUACCAUUUGCUUGAAAAAUCGGUACCUGAAUCGAUUUUCAUCAAUGCAACUGCUGAUAAUUUCUCAAUAUCAGCAGCAGCCAGCUCAUGAAUGAAUUCUCAAUCUUUCAACACGAAAUGGUAAAACCCUUUAAACCCAAAUCUCUAUUUGAUCUCCGAAAGCACUGCCCCUUGCUGGGUUCUCACACAUUUCUCAGAUUUUCAUCCCUACCCAACAUUUCUGCCGAGAAUAACAAGUGUGCGUACCCUAAUUUAGUCAAUAACGUUUCCAAAAUCCUGUGUGAUCCUCGUUGGUAUGAAAACAAAGAACUCAAGCAUGUUAGUCAUAAACUCCAGCAUAUCCAUGUUGCCAGAAUUGUAAGUUCCCAUAAAGACAUAGAUGUAGUUAUCCGAUUCUUCUAUUGGAUCUCAAAGAACUAUUCUUAUAAACAUGAUUUGAGUUCCUACAAGGCGAUGUUAACCAGGUUAGUUCGUGAAGGCCGAUUAGCAGAUACAGAUCAUAUUAGGGUUUUAAUGGUGAAAGAGUGUAGAACACAAGAAGAGCUUAUGGGGGUUGUUGAUUACUUGAAUGAACUUAGAAGUAAAGGUCUUGCUUAUAGUUUAUAUAGCUCUAACACAUUAUUGAUUCAGAUGGGAAAGUUCCAAAUGGUCGAUGCUGCUAGGGAUCUCUUUACACAGAUGAUGAGUUCUGGGAUUAAACCUAAUUUGUUGACAUUCAACACCAUGAUUAACAUGUUGUGUAAAAAGGGUAAAGUUCAAGAGGCGGAAUCUUUUUUAGAUCAGAUGAGUCAGUAUGAUUUGUAUCCAGAUGUAUUCACCUUCAGUUCUAUGAUUCUUGGUUAUUGUAGGAAUAGAGAUUUAGAAACUGCUUUUAGGGUAUUUGAUCGCAUGAUAAAAGAAGAUUGUGAACCAAAUUCAGCAACAUAUACAAAUCUUAUAAACGGAUUAUGCAAAGAGGGAAGGAUUGAUGAGGCAUUGGACAUGCUUAAAGAAAUGAUGGACAAAAACAUCGAACCUACUGUUUAUACAUUCACUGUUCCAAUUUCCUCACUAUGUGCAUUUGGUCAAGUAAAAAAGGCCAUUGAUCUUGUAGUUAUGAUGACGAAAACAAAUUGUGUUCUAAAUGUGCAAAACUACACAGCUCUUAUCAGUGGCUUGUUCCGUAUAGGACAAGCUGAGGUGGCACUUGGAUUUUACCAUAAGAUGUUGAGAGAGGGUUUGAUUCCAAAUGUGGUUACUUAUAAUGCUUUGAUAUAUGAAUUAGGUCAAAUAGGGAGGUUUGAUGGUUUGUUUAUGAUCUUUGAUUGGAUGGAGAGAAAUGGUAUGCCAAAUACCGAAACAUACAAUCAAAUGAUUACCAUUUUGUGUUUGAUGAAGAAUUUCCAAAAGGGUAUGGUUCUUUUGAGUAAAAUGACCAAAGUAGGCCCUUUUCCAACUGUUGUUUCAUAUAACACACUAAUUAUUGGAUUCUUGAAACAGAAUGAUUUAAAGAAUGCAAUGAGGUUAUUGAGUUUGAUGAAAGCAAACGGGUGUAAACCAGAUGAGUGGACUUAUGGUGAACUUAUUUCAGGGUUCUGUGAAACAGGGGAUCUUGAUGGAGGUUUGAAUCUUUUUCAUGAAAUGGUAAAGCAAAAAUUGACACCCAAUAAAGUCCAUUAUACCAUUUUAAUAAACGGUUAUUGCAAAAAAGGGGAAGUAGAAUCUGCAAUUAUGUUAUUGGAAAAGAUGGAAGCAGAUAAUUGCAAGGCUGAGGUUGAAACCUACAAUGCAAUCAUAUCUUGUUUGUCAAAAAGGAAUCGAUUACAUGAAGCAGAAAGAUUAUGUGAGAAAAUGGUGGAAAAAGAUGUGAUUCCAAAUGUGAUUACCUACACAACUUUAAUCGAUGGGUUGUGUAGAAAUGGUAGUGUUCAUCUUGCUUUCAAGAUUUUCCAAGAAAUGGAAAAGAAAAAUUGCACACCAAAUUUGUUCACUUAUAGUUCAUUGAUCUACGGGUUAUGUUUGGAAGGAAAAGCAAAUGAAGCAGAAAUAUUACUUGAAGAAAUGGAGAAGAAAGGAAUCACUCCUGAUUAUGUGACAUAUACUUCAUUGAUCAAUGGAUAUGUGUCACUAAAUCAAAUAAAUCAUUCAUUUUCAGUUUAUAAAAAGAUGAUUGAUAAAGGAUGCAAACCGAAUUACAGAACUUUUCAAGUCUUGUUAAAAGGGUUAGAAACAGAAAGUCGGUUGCUUUUUGAAAAAAACACGGGCCCACAUGAAAAAGAUCCAACCUUUACUAAUCUUUUAGUUAAAAUGUCUGAAUACGGAUGUGGGCCCACAGUUGACACCUAUAGCACCAUGAUUGUUGGUUUGUGUAAAGAAGGAAAGAGUAAAGAAGCAGUUGAGUUGUUCAAGAACAUGGAAGAAAAUUCCAUGAAUCCUGAUCGAAAUAUUUAUCUCUCUCUCAUAAACACACUCUGUAAAAACUCAAAAGUGGAAACUGCUUUAGAGUUUUUUGAUUUGAUUAAGGUAAAAGGGUUUGAACCUGAUAUCAAAACGUAUAAAGUUCUUAUUUCUGCUUUAUGUAAAGAAAGACAAGUGAGUAAAGCUCGUGUGUUAUUUGAAGACAUGCUUGAUAGACAAUGGGACACUGAUGAGAUUGUGUGGACUGUAUUGAUUGAUGGGGUUUUUAAGGAUGCUGACGUGGACACUUGCUUAUGUUUUAUCCAUAUAAUGGAAUUAAAAAACAGAGUUCCUAAUUUUCAGACAUAUGUAAUGUUGGCAAAAGAAUUGUCAGCAGUUGAUGGGAGUUGUGAUAUUCAUGAGGUUGUUGAAAGAUUGAAGCUUUGUAGAGGGAAGACAAUUAGUUGAAGUUUUUUCUACAUGAAAAAUGACAUCUUUGCCCUCUGUAGAUAAAUAUGAGGUGCAAUCCAGCCAUGGAAAUAGAAAACCUGCACCAAAUUUGUAGCAUCUGAUUUUUUUUUGGAAAGAUGUGGUAGCGUGGGGCCUACAGAUAAAACAUGAUCAUUAGAAGGAUUCAAGUAUUUGCUUCUAGAAGGCAAGAGAAAACUUGGUGUCAAAUCAAAAUAAAAAACAUGAUCAUGUUUUAUUUUUGCAUCAAAAUGAGGCUUUCUUGCUAUUUAUGACAACAUGAAGCAAGUUUCUCAGAUUUCUGGUUUAGUAAAUCCAUUUAGCAAUGAUUCCAACAAGUUCUUAAAUACAUUUAGAAGCCACAUUAGAUGUUAUUCAACGAUAAUUUAUCAUCUUUAUACUAGAUUUAUCAGCCAUGAUGCUCAAUCAUGCAUUGUAAAGAUUUGAGUAAUAGCUUACACCCAUGAUUUUGAUCUUCUGCUGUUGAUGCAUCAAAUGUUAUAAAGUUCUUUUGUUGACUUAUAAGGUCAAAACAUUUUUAUUUUUGAGAAGAUACAAAUAUAGGGUUGGUUGCAAAUUUGGCACCAAAUUUUUUUUCUCAUAUAUAAAAGUGUACAUUUGACCUCAUGAAAAGUAUAUAUAAAAGUGGUGAUGCCAUAAUAAUACAUGCUUGUAAAGGUUUAAUCUCCUUGUGAGGAGCAAUAAAAGUCCAAUUUUGGAUCUUGGUCGAUUUGA